ACAGAAACAACAACAAAGCUCAGCUGUUCAGCUGCUAGCUAGCCGGCCUAAUUAAUGAGUGUUGUCUUUUACCAUUUUUACUGUUAUUUACUGAUAUUAAAAAGGGAAACUGAUAUUAAACAACUACACAUCCAGUGCUGAUAGAGCCACAAGAAAGCGUAAAAAUUAGUUGGAUUUUAAACCCUUUGUCUCUUCCUGGUGCUAGCUGUUAGCAUAUUAGCUUUAUAACUAAUGACGGAAGGGAACCUGUUCACCUAAAAGACUAAACAGAUUUAUGGCAAAGCCAGACCACAAAACCACCCGGUGGAGAUUCUGACCUCCACCAAUGACUACAAAUAUUUGCCAGACCACGAUCAUGACGCCACGAAAAAGACCCCUGGUCCCCGUGAGCAGCCGUCGGAAAGCGGCAGACGACUACUUCCCGUUCAACUUCCUGCCGGUGGAGUGCCAGCUGCACGUCCUGUCCUUCCUGAAUGAGGUGGACAAGUGCAGCUGCGCCCUGGUCUGUGUGAGCUGGAGCUGCCUGGUCCGCUCGUGGAAGCUGUGGCGAGUGGCCGACUAUUCUCGCCGCGGCGUCUUUCACCUGGGUCAGGAAGGGCUGCUGGUUUCAAACCGGGAAUUCGAACGCUGGAAGUCCUGGGUCCACCAUUACACCCACCACCUCAUUUCCCGGCGGGCCAGCCUGCUGACGCUGAAGGCCAGCUUCGACCUGGGGGACCGCUGCAACAAGUGGAGCGAGCUGCUCAGUCACCUGCUGGACCACGUCCACUGCAGGGACCUGAGCCACCUGGACCUCAACUGGACCUUUACCCUUUUGGAGCCACUGGACCUGAGGGUCCACUCCAGCUCCAGCUCCCAUCAGGACAGCAUUACCAAGAUGGACCAGGUGACCAGUUUUCAGGAGCUUCUGUCCAAACUCACCCACACCUGUCCACGCAUCUCCAAAAUGCGCCUCCACUUCGACUGGUCGGACGUGUCGGUGUCGCUGCUCACCCAGUUUCGGCAGCUGCGAGUGCUGGAGCUCAAGUACUUCUGGGUGUUUAAGGGCGUGACCCCGUCCACGCUGCAGACCCUCACCCAGUCGCUGCCUCAGCUCAAGUCUCUGACGCUGCACAUCCUGGUUCCGCUGCGGAACCUGGGCAUCUCCUACACCCUGGAGUCCCUGUCUCUGGAGUUCCUGGACGUGUCUCCGAGCCGCGGCCUGGUCUUCUCCCGCCUUAAACUGCCUCUGCUGCGCGAGCUCCGGGCCAAGAAGAUCGUCCGCGGCAUCACGCUGGACCGCCGGACCCGCCUGCGGAUCCAGAGCCGCUGGCCGUGCCUGUACCACGUCCUCCGGGAGGGGACGCCCAAGCUGCAGGCCCUCAACAAUGAGAGGCUCCUCCCCACCUGGAGGGAGGAGAGCUACGGGGAACUGUCGGCCAUCUUGGAACAGUCCUGUUACUGCGUCCAACACCUGGACAGCUGGCUGUGGUAGAGGACGCAGGCCACGCCCACGCCACGUCAAUCAACCCCGUAGUUUUACAGAGGGACACGACAGAGGUUUGACGGGAACCAGAGGACGUCAGCCACAGACAGGGACGCCCAGCUCAUGUUUGGAACGGCCGGUCUGGUGUUAGAACCACAAACAGCUGAUCCACCUGGGUCUGAUGAUCCACCUGGGUCUGAUGAUCCACCUGGGUCUGCAACAGAAGAAGAACCACUGGAGGAACCAGGCUGAAGCAGGAGCACCAGGGCCAGACCAGAUCUGAUCAGCCCACAUACCAGGUCUAGACCCCAGACCAGAUCUGAUCAGCCCACAUACCAGGGCCAGACCAGAUCUGAUCAGCCCACAUACCAGGUCUAGACCCCAGACCAGGUCUGAUCAGCCCACAUACCAGGUCCAGACCCCAGACUGGGAUCAGGCUGGACUUUAAACGCUUGUUUCACAGUUUAUGGUAGAAAAUGUAAAGUUACAUUCCAGUCCUGGUCCUGUUCCUGGUCCUGAUCCCGGUCCCAGUCCUGGUCCUGGUCCUGGGUUUGUGGACUGUGUGCUAGUUUUCCAGCAGAAACAACAUGAUGCACAGAACCACAGACCAGAGUAAAUGAAUGUGGAUCAGCUGUUCAUGACAAAGACUGUGUGAGUUUAUGAACUGAUUCCAACAGUAAUAAAUGAAGUGAACCCUGUCAGAUCACCACUAGACCUGAUCCAGGAUCAGACCUGAUCCAGGAUCAGAUGGGUGCAUCCCUCAGGAACAUGUCACCAUAUGGAUCUAAAAGAAUAAAACCUGUCAGAAGAGUCCAGAAGGUCCCAGACAGACAGUGGUUUGGUUCGGCACAUGAACAGCGGCUGUACUUCAGCUCAAACUCCACUUAUUCAACUCAGACUUUUUGCUUCACAAACAUCGACAUUUUUUUCUCCGAGUUCUGAUGAUUAUGAUUCAUCCUCCAUGACAACAGGUGGUGCUAUUAGUCCAUGUAAUGUUCACGCAGCUUGAAACGUGUCCUGUUAUGAAAUGAACACCUUUAAGUUCAAACUCCCAUCAGUGCCAUGUAACCGUACGUUCUCAUUAGGGCUGUGUAUCACAAGAACCUGGAGAUACCAUACAAAUCACAACACUGGGAUCACCAUACGAUAUAUCAUGAUACUGUUAAA